UUUCCACUUAAAUCAGAAUCAAAGGUAAAUUAUAGAUGCUUUGGUGUACCACUGUACCACCGAUCUUCAUAAAUCUGACACGUAUACUGAAAGCUAAGAAUAUUUACUAUCUUGUUGUCUUUGCAUUUAUUUGUUACCGUUUUAUUAAUAACGAUUAAAUUUCAUAAAGACAAUAAAUCAUUCUAUAUCUUAAAUAGCACCGCUUUACCAAAAGCAGUUUGGGCAAGCUUGCGUUGUGACAAAAAAGAAGCACUGCAGAAGAAAUGACACCUGAAAUGAAAGAACUAGCAAGCAAACUGGAAGAUACGACUCAAUCGCUGUAUGACUUGGCUUUGGUAAUUUACAAUUUGGAAGACACAACUCCUCCAGAUACUAUUCCAGAAAAUAUUAGCACCUUGAUAAAUCAUCUUAGGUCACUCCCUAAGAUAUCUAAAAAAGUAAAUGAACCGAUCUCUCAAGAUGUGCUAGAAUAUGUUGAACAAGGUAGAAAUCCUGAUGUAUACGCUCGACAAUUCAGUGAGUUGGUUCAAAAAGACAAUCAAUACGUGCAUGGAAAGUUUUUAGCUAUGGAAAACUUUCAGCAAACCUUAGCUGAAGAGAUCAUUUCUGCUUAUCCUCACUUAAAGAACGACGUCGAUGAUAUUCUUGCUCAGGGCUCUAAAUAAAGCUCUUCAAAAAAAAAAAAAAAAAAAAAGAAGGAUCAAUUCACUUAGUAAACGUAAAAAAACAUUCUUUGUUGAUGCUUUACUUUGUUCCCUCUUAUGGAUUCAGUACUUCUUCCAAAACCUGAAUGCACAGUGACCGUUCUUCAGCUGUCUCCGGAAUGUACUUUGGAUCCAUCAAGUUUUUUAACAGAAAGAAGUUUGCACAAUUAGUGCUUUGGAAAGACUUUUUCUUUGCUACAACCGUGUAGUCUUGCUUUUUAUUUUGGGAUCGAGAGCCGAAUACAUAUAAGUAGUCUCUCACUUCAUUAUCAUCCUAAGAGUUUAGUUAGUAUCUUUCUUUCCCAUUUAAAGCUCUUACAUAAAUAACUGUAAUCUUCUCUUUAGGGGAGGUCGAAUUUGAUCUGUUCGUUUUGGAAUUUCCGUAGCAAGGUGUUUUUACAUAUGGACUCUCUUUUGCAUUUUUUAAGGUACCAUAUUUUGCUGAUUCUUUUCUAGAUAAAUUAUUGGUAGGGCUUUCCCUAGAUGAAAAAGGUGAAAGCUGAAAAUGCAAGCUAUUACUGUAAGCGUCAUGUCCAUGAUACGAAUUUGCUGGCUGACUUCCUGGAAAGCUGGACACAGGUGUCUCUAUCUUUGACAUAUUGGUGUCCCUUAUGAUGAUAUCUUCUAUAUACAUUGGUGCAGAUGGACAAAGCGUUUCGAUGUUGACGGGAGUCUGAGGAUUUUUCUUCUUUAAAUAGUUUUCAAGUUUUUCAGGAACUUGAUUGUCCUGUCUUAUAUGCUUUUUGGGCUGCUUUUCGCAUGUUUUCUUCUGUUCUCUUUCUGAACGCUUCCGUUUAGUGUUGGUUCUUCUCUCUUUUUUGAACGUUCUAUUAUCGGAUAGAACAUCGAAAGCUGUAAUUCCUUGAUUUUGUUCUUUGUUUGCUUGCUUCAAUGACUCGGGAAGUAGAGACGCAUCUUGCAAUUCAGAGGAGAAAAGUCCAUGGUCGAAGGUCGCUAAACAAUCCAUUCAAUGAUCAAUUUAUGGUUUCCUUCAGUGUAUACUUGGAAGCUACCUUCAAUGCUGAUAUUUCUGGUAUGUGGUGAGGGAGGAAAUGUUUGUUUACAUGUUUCCAGGAGCAUGAAACAUGUGUGCAAGAUAGAUCAGGAAGAAAUACGGGAAAUAAAUUUUCUAGAUUUAAAUCAAUUAACUAUUAUUUUCGAUUUAUAAAAAAAUAUAUGACUAUAUGCGUGGAAUUGAUGGAAAUUCAGUCAUGUAAACAUUCGCUAAACUCUUACUCAAUGUCAAGGACAAGGGACAGAUCAUAAAAGGAAGGAUUAGGUGGAAACGAACAGAGAAACUCAGAUGCUCUUUAUAUUUUAAAGACGUUAUAUAAAACUAAAUAGAAGUGAUGUUAAAAAGGCAUAUAUGAUGAAACGGAUCUGAUGCGCAUGAAUAAUUCAUUCACUAAAUGAAGUAUAUAAUGUUAUUAGGGUGCAAUCUAGUCAUAACCAAAACAAAACAGCAGCAUAUCGUAAUUAGAAAUGUUAUACAGAGUCUUUACAUUCAUAAUAGUACAGAUGCGGAGCAAAUAGUCGG